AGGAAAUAGGGGGUCGGUCAGUGAACAGAAAUAUGCUGUAACACGAGAAACCCUAACGACGGCUAAACUGUUACUGUCUUGUGUUGUUGAAUUUGAUAAACAUUGCAGGUGCCUUGGAAACAUUGUUCCGGAAAUCGUCUUGGAAUAUUUUCAUGGUCCGCGACCGACACGGCAUUACGUUAGUCUCUGGGAAGUGUUGUGUGUUUAGCUGUGUAGACAGGCUGUCACUGAGUUAGUUACAUUGAGCUGCUAGCUCAAAAUGCUUUGGUAAGGGUAUUAAUGUCCAGUUUAUGCGAAUGGGUUGUUUUAUUAUAAUCCAUUUUUGCUCUUGGGAGAAGUUUCUGGUUGACUGGCUCGCUGGUCAAGUUCUAUAGCUAGUCGGUUAUGCAGUCAGGUGCAGUUCACUGACAGAUUUAUAUAGCUAAAUGGCUAGCUAGGACAACAGACAGUUAAGUUAGUGUGCAGGUUUAAUUAAGUCAGAUUUUUAGUCCACUGCGUUUUGCACACUCUGGCAACAUGAAUCCCACUAAAAAGUCUUGUCUGGUCCUUGUUGUGGCUUUAGCUGUGACUUUGGAAGUGACAGCUAGCGAAGUACUUCAAGAUGAUGGAGUUGCAGAGGGUGGUGAGUCUCAGAGCGCAGAUAAUGAUGGCUCCAAAAUUGUGGCGGGACAUGCGUAUGUCUCUAAAGAUGCCCAGACCGACAGCAGUACAACAGACACUGGAGUAGAGAGUGAGGUUGAGGGGGUUGAACAGGAAGACCUUCCGAGUCAACCUCCUCCACCAGAGGAGCGUCAUAAAGAAGUUCCGGUGGCGAUUGGUGGAACAGCCUCUGGGGAGCCCUGCGUCUUUCCUUUUCUUUUCCAAGAGAAAGAGUAUAUGGAGUGCACUACUGAAGGCAGAGGAGAUGGGAGGCUGUGGUGUGCCACAACAUACAACUACAACACUGAUAAGAAAUGGGGCUUCUGUGAAACGGAAGAGCAAGCAGAGCAGAGGCGGUUGGUGGAAGAGGCUGAAGAACAGUACCAGGAUGCAAUUAAGAUGAUUAACAGCACCAACAGAAGGAGCCAGAAGAAAGAGUUGUACGACAGACUCCUGAAAGUUGCAGAGAUGGGUCAUGCCAAGGCCAUGGAGAAGGUGGCAUAUGCUAUGCUGUUUGGAGACUACUUACCCCAGAGCAUUCCUCAGGCGAAGGAGAUCUUUGAGAAGCUGGCACUGGAGGGCUCCCCUAAAGCCCAGACUGCACUUGGUUUCCUAUAUGCUGCAGGAUUAGGGGUGAACUCAAGUCAAGCAAAGGCAUUGGUGUACUACACCUUUGGAGCUUUGGGUGGAAACCUAGUAGCACAUAUGAUUCUGGGCUACAGAUAUUGGGGAGGUGUUGGGGUUCCUCAGAGCUGUGAAUCUGCUCUCACUCACUACAGACUAGUGGCCAAUCAUGUGGCCAGCGAUGUAUCACUGACAGGGGGCAGUGCAGUACAGCGGAUCCGGCUCUUAGAUGAAGUGGAAAAUCCUGGUUCUAGCAGUGGAAUGCUAGAGGAGGAUUUAAUCCAGUACUACCAGUUCUUGGCUGAGAAAGGAGAUGUGCAGGCACAGGUGGGCCUGGGCCAGUUACACUUACAUGGAGGACGAGGUGUGGAACAGAAUCAUCAGAGAGCAUAUGAGUACUUUAACCAAGCAGCAAAUGCAGGGAACACACAUGCAAUGGCCUUCCUUGGAAAGAUGUACUCUGAAGGCAGUGAGUAUGUGCCUCAGAACAAUGACACGGCCCUGCAUUAUUUCAAAAAGGCUGCAGAUUUGGGAAAUCCGGUUGGCCAGAGUGGCCUCGGUAUGGCUUACCUGUAUGGAAGGGGUGUUCCUGUGAACAAUGACCUGGCACUGAAGUAUUUUCAGAAGGCUGCAGAGCAAGGCUGGGUGGACGGACAGUUGCAGCUGGGAACCAUGUACUACAAUGGAAUCGGGGUGAAGCGUGAUUAUAAACAGGCUCUUAAAUUCUUUAACCUGGCAUCUCAAGCGGGUCACAUCCUAGCCUUCUACAAUCUAGCUCAGAUGCAUGCCACGGGGACUGGGGUCAUGCGCUCCUGCCACACUGCAGUGGAGCUCUUCAAGAACGUGUGUGAGCGCGGCCGCUGGUCUGAGAGACUCAUGGCAGCAUACGGAAGCUUUAAGGAGGGCGACAUGGACUCUGCUCUAGUACAGUAUCUACUGCUGGCCGAACAGGGCUACGAGGUCGCCCAGAGCAAUGUGGCCUUCAUCCUUGAUCAAAAGGGAUCACAGAUUUUCAAUGAGAAUGAAUCUUACCCACGGGCUUUGCUCCACUGGACCAGAGCAGCUGCUCAAGGUUACACAGUGGCCAGAAUCAAGCUGGGUGACUAUCAUUUCUAUGGCUAUGGCACUGGUGUGGACUAUGAGACUGCAGUCAUUCACUAUCGUCUGGCCUCUGAGCAACAGCACAGUGCACAGGCCAUGUUCAACCUAGGCUAUAUGCAUGAGAAGGGCCUUGGUAUUAAACAGGACAUUCAUCUGGCUAAACGUUUCUAUGACAUGGCUGCAGAAGCCAGUCCUGACGCCCAAGUUCCUGUGUUCCUGGCCCUGUGCAAGCUGGGCCUUAUUUAUGCACAACAGUACCUGCAAGAUCUUAAUCUGAAGGAGCUUCUAUCUCAGGUGGAUCUUGACCAGUUACUGGGUCCUGAGUGGGAUCUCUAUCUCAUGACUGUCAUUGCUCUGCUCUUGGGCACAGUAAUCGCAUAUCGGCAGAGACAGCACCAAGCCGUACCCAGAGCCCCUCCAGCGCCCCCUAGACCUCCAGCCCAGCCUGAGCAGCCAGCCGGAGAGCCUGAGGAACAAUGAGAGAGCAGGUAUCAGAGUGGAGGUGACCAAAUGGGACAAGGAUUACUGGAGAACGAAUUGAGGCCCAAUAGCGUUUCUCCCUCUGGGACAGCCACUGACACCUACACCUGCUGUGGUCUUUAAUCCUGUUAACCCCAAAAGAGCUUUCAGGACUCUUGUUGCCCUGUCCAGCCCCUCCUUUGUCUUUUAACUGUGGCUUGGGGAAAAACUAGAUGAACUUCUACAAUAUCUUAAAUGUGCUCCUCAGGGUUUUGCCAGGUGAAAUAACAUUUGUGCAAAUCAACACUCACUAUGUGGGGGGGAAAAGACAACAUUGCCGAAUGAACUCCAUUAGUUGUUUCUGCUUUUGCUUGUCACUGUGCUAAAAGCUAAGGAUCGAACCUAUUUUGUGCAACCCAUUUUUUUUUUGUAUUAAGUUUAGUACAAAUUCAAACUUUGACACCAUGCCUCUUUGGAACGCAGAGUGCAAGGUGGACUGUGCUCUGAAUUCAAUAUGUAAAAAGUUCAUACUCUCAGCAUGCUUUCAUUUAAGUGGCUUGCUAGCAGAUUUUUUUUUCCAGAAGUCCAGAAAUGAUUUAUAACGUCAGUAUUUGGACAAAAGUAGUUUUCAGCAGCACAUUGAUGUAGAUUUCACUGUCUCGAUUCAAAUGUGCACAGUUACAUAUGAAUAAACUACACGGUAAGUAAUCUAAGGUUAGCAGUUUUUCAUAAGGCUUUUUAUUGCCAUAAACGCUCACCUUGCCAAAUGUUGAAUCAUUCAGAUUACUACUGCCUUUGACUUACUUUCAUUGUUACAAAAGUCUCUCUGUAGGGUGUUUAUGAUACUAAUUUAGUGCAAUUAUGGCUGGUGUCCAGUAUGUUUAAGAUUUUUGAAGCUCUAGUUACCUCAAACCUCAUUCAUCAUUAGUCAUUCAACCUUUCCAAAAGUUUUAAAAAUGGGAUUUAAAUUCCUCUGCAUACAUGAAAAAUAUUUGAAUUGAUGAAUGGGUUGCUGUAUGGCUAUAAUGCUCGUUUUUUUUGUAUUACAAGACACCUUUUUGCUUUUUUAUUUUAAGAUCAAUACGUUGAAUGCUCUCAGAAAUGUUUUUGAUGAUACGCGUGUAAGAUCUGUAGCUCUGUGAAUUCCUGAAGUUGAUCCAUUUGUUUUGGGAUGUGGCUGUUUGUGUGCUAAAUCUCAGUUUUAGGUUCUUUGUCAGAGGAAAAAUAUUUCAGAUCAUUUCAGUUGUGAACAUGUCUAGAAUAUCUAUUGAUUAUUUGGCAAUGGUGUCUGUCGUUUCAGGUAACAUAGCAAUACCACAACUUUUGGUGUGUAAAAAAAAAAAAAAAUCUGUAAUGUAAGCAUAUGUAUGUGAAUAGGAUGUAAAGAACUGUUUUUCUUGUGAAGAUUCACCAAAGCAUUAGUUUGUUUUUGCAGAGUUCUCACAAUUCAGCAAUGGUUUGAAGCUUUGAAAGUAAUAUAACAGAUUCCUCUAUGUUCCAUGUCAAUCAAACAGCUCAUAAUACUGAAAUAACAAAGGAUGAGACUUAAAAAGGAAAUAAUUGCAUUUUCAAAUGGCAAUGUUUCUAAAUAACUAAUAAAAAUCAAUGGGUUCACAG